ACUAUCUGCACUGCCUGUAAAAACUAAAACACUCCUCUCCCCUCUGUGAUCAAAACCAUGGCUGAUUCUACAUUCUCCAACAGAGAAAAAAACAAGCAAUUUGAUCAAGAAAUCAGAGAGAUGAUCUCCGUCCUCACGGGCCGCCUUACCACUCUGCAACAUGCUCAGAAGGUAGGGGACUCGAGCCAGAACAAGGACCGGGACGAGGACGACAUCCAUGGCACGAGAAUCGUCACUCUAGCCGGGAACAACAUGGGAGCCAGCAUGCGAGGCGAGAUGGACGAGAAAGCAGGCCUCGAGGGAGACAGCGAGGCGAUGAAAACAUAUGUUAACAGCAAUUUCCAAGCUGUCAACAACUCCAUCAUGCUGGGGGGAAGCUAUUCCACGAAUGAUCCCGGGGUGCACAUGGAAGUCGUGGACAAUGUUAUCGAGCCCCAAUCGCAGCCCGGGAAGAGAAAGAAGAAGGGCAAGAAGAAAGAGAAGGACAGCUCCACAAGUGACCACAAGAAUGACCACUCAGACUAAUCUGAUCUGAUACAAAAAAUACUGCAGAUCAGAGGGCUAUUGCAUUAUUGCCCAAUAAUAAGUUUUAUUCUGUGUGUGGCUAUGCACUCAAAACAUGUUUUCUUGAAUUGUCUGAAACUUUAUAUAUAUGAUGUGUCAUCAAUAAUAAUUUCUCUUUGUUACA